GGCCCCAGCUCCUCAGGCGCGGGCGGUGCGUGUGGGGGGCGAGGGGUGUGUGUGUGUGUGUGUGUGUGUGUGUGUGUGUGUGAGGGCCGCCGCUGAGCCCCGCCGCGCCAGGCACCGGGCGGCAGAGAGGAUGCCCGUGAGGAGCCCCCCGCAGCCCUGCCCGAUGCCUCUUGAGGAAAGCAGGGCUUGAAAUCCUCCCUCCUCUUCCUCCCGGGGGACUUCCGCUGCAUGGAGGAAGACGCUUUUUACUAGAGAUUUAACUUGCUUAAAGAUAUCAAGGUUUUGGGAUACACAAAGUGGAACAGGAUCGCCAUGUUUCGAAACAGUCUCAAGAUGCUUCUUACAGGAGGGAAGUCAAACCGCAAAAACAGGUCCAGUGAUGGAGGGAACGAGGAGCCACCAGACCGAAGACAGGCAAGUGUAGACUUCCGUCAGAGCCGAUCUGGGCAAGGAGGCACCUCCACAGAGAACGACUGUGCUUUUGAACCAGACUACGCUAUUCCGCCACUCCCAGUGACCGAAGGUAUGCAGCACAUUCGGAUUAUGGAGGGCAUGUCCCGCUCCCUUCCAUCCUCCCCCUUACUCACACAUCAGUCUAUCAGUGUUCGGCUCCAACCUGUGAAGAAGUUAACUGCCCCUUUGAGGAAGGCAAAGUUUGUUGAGAGCCCUCGAAUCCCAGAAUCUGAGCUUGGCUCACCAACACUUUCUUCAGCCCAGAAACUGGACGUUGAUGCAUACUGCCCUGGUGACGCUGAGCAGGAGCUGGGACCCCCUCCAUCCGUAGAUGAGGCAGCAAACACACUCAUGACUCGCCUGGGCUUCCUCCUCGGAGAGAAAGUCACGGAGGUACAGCCAGGGCCCCAGUACAGCAUGGAGGUGCAGGACGAGAACCAGACCUCCGCAGGAACGCAGCGCAUAAGCCCCUGCUCCACGCUGACCAGCAGCACGGCCUCGCCGCCAGCCAGCAGCCCCUGCUCCACCCUGCCGCCCGUCAGCACCAGUGUCACCGCCAAGGACUGCACCUAUGGGGCCGUCACCAGCCCCACGUCCACGCUGGAAAGCAGAGACAGCGGUAUCAUAGCUACUUUGACAAGCUACUCAGAAAAUGUGGAACGCACGAAGUAUGGAGGGGAGAGCAGUAAAGAGCUUGGAUCUGGAGGAAACCUGAAACCCUGGCAGUCCCAGAAGUCCAGCAUGGACUCCUGCUUGUAUCGCGUGGAUGAGAACAUGACGGCCUCAACCUACAGCUUGAACAAGAUCCCGGAAAGGAACCUGGAGACGGUCUUGUCCCAGUCAGUGCAGUCUAUUCCUCUUUACCUUAUGCCACGGCCAAAUUCCGUAGCAGCCACCAGCUCGGCCCACCUGGAGGACCUGGCAUACCUGGACGAGCAGAGGCACACUCCCCUGCGGACGUCCCUCCGCAUGCCGCGGCAGAGCGUGGCCGGCGCCCGUGCACAGCAGGACCUGCGAGUACGCUUUGCACCUUACCGACCUCCUGACAUCUCUCUGAAACCACUGCUCUUUGAGGUUCCCAGCAUCACCACCGAGUCCGUCUUCGUUGGCCGCGACUGGGUGUUUCACGAGAUAGAUGCUCAGCUGCAGAGCUCAAAUGCCAGCAUUAACCGAGGAGUGGUGAUCGUUGGCAACAUAGGCUUUGGAAAGACUGCCAUCAUCUCCAGGCUGGUUGCGCUCAGCUGCCAUGGCACACGUAUGAGACAGAUCGCUUCGGAUAGCCCGCACGCCUCCCCAAAACAUGUGGAUGCAAACAGAGAGCUGCCCUUAACCCAGCCGCCGUCUGCUCACUCUUCGAUCGCCAGUGGGAGCUGCCCCGGGACUCCCGAAAUGCGCCGGCGCCAGGAAGAGGCCAUGCGGAGACUCGCUUCACAGGUCGUCGCCUAUCACUACUGCCAAGCGGACAAUGCCUACACCUGCCUGGUGCCUGAGUUCGUGCACAACGUGGCCGCGCUGCUCUGCCGCUCGCCGCAGUUUGUCGCCUACAGGGAGCAGCUCCUGCGAGAGCCCCACCUGCAGAGCAUGCUCAGCCUGAGGUCCUGUGUCCAAGACCCCAUGGCCUCCUUUCGGAGGGGAGUCCUGGAGCCCUUGGAGAAUCUGCACAAAGAGAGGAAGAUCCCCGAUGAAGAUUUCAUCAUAUUAAUUGAUGGCUUAAAUGAGGCAGAAUUUCACAAGCCAGAUUAUGGAGACACCAUAGUAUCAUUUCUCAGCAAAAUGAUUGGAAAAUUCCCUUCCUGGCUGAAGCUGGUGGUGACAGUCAGGACAAGUCUACAGGAAAUAAUUAAGCUGUUGCCCUUCCAUAGAAUAUUUUUGGACAGACUGGAAGAGAAUGAAGCCAUAGACCAGGACCUGCAGGCGUACAUCCUUCAUCGGAUACACAGCAGCUCGGAGAUCCAGAACAACAUCUCGCUGAAUGGCAAAAUGGACAACACUACGUUUGGCAAGCUCAGUUCUCACCUCAAGACUUUGAGCCAAGGGUCCUACCUGUACCUAAAACUCACUUUUGAUCUCAUAGAGAAAGGAUACCUAGUACUAAAAAGCUCCAGCUACAAAGUAGUGCCAGUGUCUCUGUCAGAAGUUUACCUGUUGCAGUGCAAUAUGAAGUUCCCAACGCAGUCUUCCUUUGAUCGGGUUAUGCCUCUCUUGAAUGUGGCAGUGGCAUCUCUGCACCCAUUAACAGAUGAACAUAUUUUUCAGGCCAUUAAUGCAGGUAACAUUGAGGGCACUUUGGAGUGGGAUGACUUUCAGCAGAGGAUGGAGAACCUUUCUAUGUUUCUUAUCAAACGUAGAGAUAUGACGCGAAUGUUUGUUCAUCCCUCUUUUCGAGAAUGGCUUAUUUGGAGAGAAGAAGGUGAAAAGACCAAGUUUCUCUGUGAUCCUAGGAGUGGCCACACAUUACUUGCCUUCUGGUUUUCCCGUCAAGAAGGAAAACUAAAUCGACAGCAAACUAUUGAACUGGGACAUCACAUUCUCAAAGCACAUAUUUUUAAGGGGCUGAGUAAAAAAGUUGGGGUUUCUUCCUCCAUCCUCCAAGGGCUUUGGAUCUCCUACAGUACCGAAGGCCUUUCCAUGGCAUUGGCAUCACUGAGAAACCUCUACACCCCAAACAUCAAGGUCAGUCGGUUGCUGAUUCUAGGAGGUGCAAAUGUGAAUUACCGGACAGAAGUUCUGAACAACGCCCCGAUUUUGUGUGUCCAGUCUCACCUGGGGUACACGGAGAUGGUGGCUCUGCUCUUGGAGUUUGGUGCUAAUGUAGAUGCUGCUUCUGAAAGCGGCCUGACUCCCCUUGGAUAUGCUGCUGCUGCUGGAUUUCUAAGUAUUGUUGUGCUGCUGUGCAAGAAACGGGCCAAGGUGGAUCACUUGGACAAAAACGGUCAGUGCGCUCUGGUUCACGCUGCUCUCAGGGGACACUUGGAAGUGGUGAAGUUUCUGAUCCAAUGCGACUGGACCAUGGCUGGGCAACAGCAGGGAGUGUUUAAAAAGAGCCACGCCAUCCAGCAGGCACUGAUCGCUGCAGCCAGCAUGGGGUACACAGAGAUUGUCUCCUACCUGCUCGAUCUUCCAGAAAAAGAUGAAGAGGAGGUGGAGCGAGCACAAAUCAACAGCUUUGACAGUCUUUGGGGAGAGACAGCUCUGACGGCGGCGGCGGGCCGAGGGAAGCUGGACGUCUGCCGGCUGCUCCUGGAGCAGGGCGCCGCCGUGGCGCAGCCCAACCGGCGCGGGGUGGUCCCGCUCUUCAGCGCGGUCAGACAGGGCCACUGGCAGAUCGUAGAUCUCUUACUCACCCACGGUGCUGAUGUGAACAUGGCAGACAAGCAGGGGCGGACGCCGCUGAUGAUGGCUGCAUCCGAGGGACAUCUGGGCACGGUGGAGUUUCUGCUUGCACAAGGUGCCUCCAUCUCUCUGAUGGACAAGGAGGGCUUGACAGCGCUCAGCUGGGCUUGUCUGAAGGGCCACCUGUCUGUGGUGCGUUCUCUGGUGGAGAACGGGGCUGCCACUGACCAUGCCGAUAAAAACGGACGCACUCCACUGGACCUGGCUGCUUUUUACGGCGAUGCAGAGGUGGUUCAGUUUCUGGUGGACCAUGGGGCCAUGAUCGAGCACGUCGACUACAGCGGGAUGCGGCCCCUCGACAGGGCAGUGGGGUGCCGCAACACCUCGGUGGUCGUCACCCUCCUGAAGAAAGGAGCGAAGAUAGGUUGUCAGACGUUACCGAGUCGCCCACGAGGUCCAGCAACAUGGGCGAUGGCAACCUCCAAACCAGACAUCAUGAUCAUCCUGUUGAGCAAGCUGAUGGAAGAGGGAGACAUGUUUUAUAAGAAAGGUAAAGUGAAAGAGGCUGCCCAGCGCUACCAGUACGCUCUCAAGAAGUUUCCCAGGGAAGGGUUUGGAGAAGACCUGAAAACCUUCCGUGAGCUGAAGGUGUCGCUCCUUCUCAACCUCUCCCGAUGUCGAAGGAAAAUGAAUGAUUUUGGAAUGGCGGAGGAAUUUGCCACUAAAGCACUGGAGCUGAAACCGAAAUCUUACGAAGCUUACUAUGCAAGAGCAAGGGCCAAGCGCAGCAGCAGGCAGUUUUCAGCAGCCCUGGAGGACCUGAACGAGGCCAUCAAGCUGUGUCCAAACAACCGUGAGAUCCAGCGGCUGCUGAUGCGGGUGGAAGAGGAGUGCAGGCAGGUGCAGCAGCAGCAGCAGCAGCAGCAGCAGCCACCGCUCCCGGUGGAGCCCGAACCCGAAGCCCAGCACGAAGAGCUGUAUUCCGUGCAGGAUAUCUUUGAGGAGGAAUACCUUGAGCAGGAUGUCGAAAAUGUUUCCAUUGGCCUGCAGACAGAGUCCAGGCCAAACCAAGGGCUGCCCAUCAUCCAGAGCCCACCGCCGUCCCCUGCACACAGGGACUCUGCCUAUAUUUCUGGCUCGCCUCUUGGCUCUCAUCAGGUCUUUGAUUUCAGGUCCAAUAGCUCCGUGGGUUCGCCGACCAGGCAAGGGUACCAGUCCACAUCUCCUGCUCUGUCUCCAACACACCAAAACUCCCAUUACAGACCUAGUCCUCCGCACACUUCUCCUGCGCACCAGGGUUCCUCUUACCGCUUCAGCCCACCUCCCGCUGGAAGCCAAGGGAAAGAAUAUCAAAGCCCACCACCUUCUCCUCUCCGCAGAGGCCCUCAGUACCGUGCCAGCCCCCCUGCAGAAAGCAUGAGCGUCUAUAGGUCCCAGUCCGGUUCCCCAGUCCGUUAUCAGCAAGAACCUAGCGGCGUCAGCCAGCUCCCCGGUCGGCCAAAGUCUCCCUUGUCCAAAAUGACCCAGCGAUCCUUCCAGAUGCCCCAGAUGCCCGUGGCAGUGCCACAGCAGGGCCUGAGGCUGCAGCCAGCGAAGGCCCAGAUCGUCCGGAGCAACCAGCCCAGCUCUGCCGUGCAUUCGAGUACUGUAAUUCCGACCGGCGCUUACAGCCAGGUGGCCCACUCGAUGGCCAGCAAAUACCAGUCGGCGUCAGGGGAGAUGGGGGUUAGUCAGAGCAGGUUGGUCUACCAGGGCUCCAUCGGGGGGAUCGUGGGUGACAGCAGACCCGUGCAGCACGUUCAGGCCAGUCUCAGCGCAGGAGCCAUCUGUCAGCAUGGAGGCCUGGCUAAAGAAGAUCUUCCCCAGAGGCCGUCCUCGGCUUACAGGGGGGGUAUGAGAUACAGCCAGACACCCCAGAUUGGGCGAAGUCAGUCUGCUUCCUACUACCCGGUGUGUCACUCGAAGCUUGACCUGGAGCGGACCUCCAUUCCCGCCAGCCAGCUUGGCUCUCCGGACGUGUCUCACCUCAUUAGAAGGCCCAUUACGGUUAACCCCAGUGAAAUAAAGCCUCACCCACCGACUCCGAGGCCGCUGCUUCAUUCCCAAAGCGUUGGCCUCCGCUUCUCUCCUUCCAGCAAUAGCAUUUCAUCCACCUCCAACCUGACUCCCAACUUCCGCCCAUCUGCUUCGAUCCAGCAAAUGGAGAUCCCUCUCAAGCCAGCCUAUGACAGGUCGUGCGAUGAACUUUCUCCGGUCUCUCCCACGCAGGGGGGCUACCCCAACGAGCCAGCACGUUCCCGGACCACACCGUUCAUGGGAAUCAUAGAUAAAACCGCUCGGACUCAGCAGUACCCCCACCUCCAUCAGCAGAACCGGACCUGGGCUGUGUCGUCUGUGGAUACUGUAAUUAGUCCUACGUCUCCUGGCAAUCUCCCCCAGCCAGAAUCAUUUAGCCCACCCUCGUCGAUCAGCAACAUUGCCUUUUAUAACAAAACCAACAAUGCACAGAAUGGCCAUUUGCUAGAGGAAGACUAUUACAGCCCCCAUGGGAUGCUGGCCAAUGGGUCCCGGGGAGACCUCCUGGAGAGAGUCACCCAAGCCUCCUCGUACCCCGACGUCAAGGUGGCAAGGACACUGCCUGUAGCGCAGGCCUACCAGGACAACCUGUACAGGCAGCUCUCCAGGGACUCCAGGCAAGGGCAGACGUCCCCAAUCAAACCAAAGAGACCAUUUGUGGAGUCUAAUGUGUAA